CGUCUGACCAGUACCACCACCUUCCUGCAGAGCAUCCAAUUGACCCAUCACAGCUCUGAGAACGGUAUGCUCAAAGGUUCAACACUGCAAGGAUGUAUUGAAUCAGUUCCCUCGGCAUAUCCGCUCACCCUGAAAACCAUUAUGGUUGCGGUUCUAGCAUUACUCCUGGCUUUAGUGGCUUUGUAUGUCAUCAGCCGCAAAGCACUCACCACUCGGGGUAACAUUUACCUUCUCGUUGGCCUCCCGGAUGGCGGUAAAACCACCAUAUUUUCGGCUCUGACGUUCAACCAAGCCCUCCCGUCGCACAUGUCAUUGCAAGCAAACUCUUCGAACGUGACUGCGUCCUCCGGGAAGACUGUGCGUGUAGUCGAUAUUCCAGGGCAUCCACGCAUCAGAGACCAGUUUCGUGAGCACUUGCAAGAUCUUCGUGGCAUUAUGUUCGUCGUGGACUCGAAUUCCGUUUCGCGCAAUGGCGCUGCAGUAGCAGAACAUUUACAUCUCAUUUUGGAUGCAGUUACUUCUAUCCCUCCCUCCCAAACGCCGCCACAUGUGCUCAUUGUAGCUCAUAAAGCUGACAUGCUCAAGGCUGCUACAUCUUCAACUGCUUCUGAGACCGCUGUCACCCGUGUGCGGGGUGCCCUAGAGCGAGAACUGGAGAAGCGUAGGGUGACACAAGCGCAAGGUGUUGGGAUGGAUGGUUUGGGGGAGGAAGGCGACCGAGUGGAGAUGGGCGGUCUUGAGACGGUGUCUGGCAAAGGGCCUUUCAAGUUUACCGAAUGGGAAGGAGGAGAUAUUACUUUUGUGGGGAGCUUCGUCCGAGCCGGGGAGAAGGACGAUGAGAAGCAGCAGAACGGGAUAAGCGCUCUUCAAGACUGGAUCGCAGAGUCAUCAUAACGUUUGGUUUCCAACUGUCAACAUGACAAUUUCCAUAAUUGCGAUUUCGUCUUCCACAUCAUAAUAAACACACAUGCACUGAGGGCAUUAGUCGAUGUUUCCAGGGAAAACAUAGGCAACCCUCAAAACAUUUUGAAUGUUUU